UCACCAUCGACAAUACGUGAAAAGAGUCAAGACGCUUCUUUCGUUCAGCAAGCAUGUUCAUACGGCUGCUAUCACUUGCAUUGAUACUAUUUUCAUUAACGAAUAAAUUCGUUGAAACGGCGCGCUGUGCCUACGGUGAAUAUUCUGGUGAUCCUUAUGACUGCAAUGCAUACUAUCAAUGCAGCAAUGGCGAAUGGAUUCACAGACGAUGUCCAAGGACAUUACACUGGCACCAAGAGCUUUUAAAGUGCAAUUGGCCCCGAUACGCAAACUGCGAUUUGGAUAAGACAACUAGUACGAUUCCGACACAACCAACGACGACAACCCAAACAACUACUUUACCACCAACAACGUCUACCACACCAAUAACACCUUCACCCACGACCAUUCCACCAACUCCCACUGCACCAUCAACAACUACUUUGGGACCUCCGACUCCAACUGGACCGCCGCCACCGACUACUACUGACUCAACUUCUAUUGGACCGCCAAUUCCAACAGAACCGACUUCUACUUCCACCGAACCACCUCUGGAACCACCAACACCAUCGCCGUCACAACCAACAACAACGCAGCAACCGACACAAACAGCACCACCUCUAGAACCGCCUACACCAGCGUAUCGGAAAAAGUUAUCUUUAGUGUCUGAUGAGCUUAUCCAAUCGAAUUAAACGAAACGUUUUAUAGUUCAUGACAA